UGGCGGCGGCCGUCAGUGUGCGCUGAGGAGAAGCCCGAAACGGACCCUUUGGCUCUCCCUCUCCCCUUCCCCUCCCGAACCGUCUUCUCUCUGGACUCACCGGGACUCAGUUCUCCACUCCGCAGAGCCGCGUUCCACGCCGCCGCCGUUCUCGUCGCUCGGCCGGCUGGGAAGUGACUGCCCUCGAGGAGGAGGAGGAGGAGGAGGCAGCCGCCCUCGCCUCGCCGCCCCCGGUUCGGUGCCCGCGGUCCCGGAGAGGAGGUGCCGCCGCCACCGCCGCUCCCCCCCUCCCGCUGCCCUCGGGCCGGGCUGGGUCGAGCUGCGAUGCCCUCGGACUUCAUCUCAUUGCUCAGCGCGGACCUAGACCUGGAAUCGCCCAAGUCCCUGUACUCGCGAGAUUCUCUGAAGUUACACCCAUCCCAGAAUUUUCAUAGAGCUGGACUAUUGGAAGAAUCUGUCUAUGAUCUUCUCCCAAAGGAGUUACAGUUACCUCCACCUAGAGAAACUUCUGUAGCAUCAAUGAGUCAGACAAGUGGUGGUGAGGCAGGCUCGCCUCCUCCAGCUGUAGUUGCUGCUGAUGCUUCUUCAGCUCCCUCCUCUUCCUCCAUGGGCGGUGCUUGCAGCUCCUUUACCACCUCUUCCAGCCCUACCAUUUAUUCUACCUCAGUCACCGACAGCAAGGCUAUGCAAGUGGAGAGCUGCUCCUCAGCCGUGGGGGUAAGUAACAGAGGGGUAAGUGAAAAGCAGUUAACCGGUAACACAGUUCAGCAGCAUCCAUCAACCCCGAAGAGGCACACAGUGUUGUACAUCUCACCACCACCUGAGGACUUGCUGGAUAACAGUCGGAUGUCCUGCCAGGAUGAGGGGUGUGGAUUGGAAUCUGAGCAGAGCUGCAGUAUGUGGAUGGAGGAUUCCCCCUCCAACUUCAGUAACAUGAGCACCAGUUCCUACAAUGAUAACACUGAGGUACCUCGUAAAUCACGAAAACGAAAUCCAAAGCAGAGGCCGGGGGUCAAACGACGAGAUUGUGAAGAAUCUAAUAUGGAUAUAUUUGAUGCCGACAGUGCCAAAGCACCUCACUAUGUGCUUUCUCAGCUUACCACGGACAACAAAGGCAACUCAAAAGCUGGAAAUGGAACAUUGGACAACCAAAAGGGAGCUGGAGUAAAGAAGAGCCCUAUGUUGUGUGGACAGUAUCCUGUUAAAAGUGAGGGGAAGGAGCUGAAGAUAGUUGUACAGCCUGAAACCCAGCACCGAGCUCGGUACCUGACAGAGGGCAGCCGAGGCUCAGUAAAAGAUAGAACACAGCAAGGCUUUCCAACGGUGAAGCUGGAAGGUCAUAAUGAACCGGUAGUGUUGCAGGUGUUUGUGGGCAAUGAUUCUGGUCGAGUGAAACCACACGGAUUUUACCAAGCCUGUAGGGUAACUGGACGAAAUACCACCCCCUGCAAAGAAGUGGACAUUGAAGGGACCACUGUUAUAGAAGUCGGCCUCGAUCCUAGCAACAACAUGACACUGGCGGUGGACUGCGUAGGAAUAUUGAAGCUGAGGAAUGCCGAUGUUGAAGCCAGAAUAGGAAUUGCUGGUUCCAAGAAAAAGAGCACUCGAGCCAGAUUGGUUUUUCGAGUCAAUAUCACAAGGAAAGACGGCUCCACUCUGACAUUGCAGACACCCUCUUCCCCAAUUUUGUGUACUCAGCCAGCAGGAGUUCCUGAGAUCUUAAAGAAAAGUUUGCAUAGCUGUUCAGUGAAAGGAGAGGAAGAAGUGUUUUUAAUUGGGAAGAACUUUCUGAAAGGAACUAAAGUUAUUUUCCAGGAAAAUGUUUCUGAUGAACACUCUUGGAAAUCAGAAGCUGAGAUAGACAUGGAAUUGUUCCAUCAGAACCAUCUUAUUGUGAAGGUUCCCCCGUAUCAUGACCAACAUAUAACUUUGCCUGUAUCAGUCGGAAUAUAUGUUGUGACCAAUGCUGGAAGAUCUCAUGAUGUUCAGCCAUUUACAUACACUCCAGACCCAGCAGCAGCUGGAGCUUUGAAUGUCAGUGUGAAAAAGGAGACGUCUAGUCCAGCAAGGCCUUGCUCUUUUGAAGAAGCCAUGAAAGCAAUGAAAACAUCUGGAUGUAACUUAGAUAAGGUGAACAUUCUUCCUAAUGCCCUGAUCACUCCACUCAUAUCAAGCAGUAUGAUUAAGACUGAAGAUGUCACUCCAAUGGAAGUAACAGCAGAGAAAAGAUCUUCCCCUAUUUUUCAGACUACAAAGACAGUUGGAUCGACUCAGCAAACUUUAGAAACUAUUUCUAACAUAACAGGAAAUUCAUCUUUUUCAUCACAAUCAUCUUCCCACUUACCUUCUGAAAAUGAAAAUCAGCAGCAGCUUCAGCCCAAGGCAUAUAACCCAGAGGCCCUGACAACUAUCCAAACACAGGACAUCUCUCAGCCUGGGACUUUUCCAGCAGUUUCUGCUUCUAGUCAGCUGCCCAGCAGUGAUGCAUUACUGCAGCAGGCUACACAGUUUCAGACAAGAGAAGCUCAGUCGAGAGACACAUUGCAGUCAGAUGGCACAGUGGUUAAUUUGUCACAGUUGACUGAGGCAUCACAACAGCAGCAGCCAUCCCCGCUUCAAGAACAAGCACAGACAUUACAGCAGCAGAUCUCAUCAAAUAUUUUCCCACCGCCAAGUAGUGUGAGCCAGCUCCAGAGUACUAUUCAGCAUCUGCAAGCAGGAAGUUUUGCAGGUGGCACCGCUGGUGGCAGCAGUGGAAGUGUUGACUUGGUUCAGCAGGUUCUAGAGGCACAACAACAGUUAUCUUCUGUUCUGUUUUCUGCUCCAGAUGGUAAUGAGAAUGUUCAGGAACAACUUAAUGCAGACAUUUUCCAAGUCAGUCAAAUUCAAAGUAGUGUAAGCCCUGGAAUGUUCGCCUCAACAGAGCCUGCAGUUCAUACCAGACCAGAUAACUUACUACCUGGGAGGGCUGACAAUGUCCAUCAACAGACUGAAAACACACUGUCUAAUCAGCAACAGCAGCAGCAACAACAACAACAGCAACAGCAAGUGAUGGAACCAUCAGCUGCAAUGGUGAUGGAGAUGCAGCAGAGCAUUUGCCAAGCAGCUGCCCAGAUUCAGUCAGAACUAUUUCCUUCAGCUGCUUCAGCAAAUGGAAGCCUUCAGCAGUCUCCAGUUUACCAGCAGCCUUCUCACAUGAUGAGUGCACUGCCUACCAGUGAGGACAUGCAAAUGCAGUGCGAGUUGUUCUCUUCUCCUCCUGCGGUCUCUGGAAAUGAAACGUCAACAACCACCACACCCCAGGUUACAACUCCUGGCUCCACUAUGUUUCAGGCACCAAGUUCAGGAGAUGGAGAAGAAACUGGAACACAGGCAAAACAAAUUCAGAACAGUGUCUUUCAGACCAUGGUUCAAAUGCAACACAGUGGAGACAGCCAGCCUCAAGUAAAUCUCUUCUCAUCUACAAAAAAUAUAAUGAAUGUUCAGAAUAGUGGUACCCAGCAACAAGGGAGUAGCUUGUUCCAGCAAGGGAAUGAGAUGAUGUCACUUCAGUCUGGGAACUUUUUGCAGCAGUCUUCUCAUUCACAGGCUCAACUGUUUCAUCCUCAAAAUCCUAUUGCUGAUGCUCAGAACCUUUCCCAGGAAACCCAAGGUUCAAUUUUUCACAGUCCAAAUCCUAUUGUCCACAGUCAGACUUCUACAGCGUCCUCUGAGCAGUUGCAGCCUCCAAUGUUUCACUCUCAGAAUACCAUUGCUGUAUUACAAGGCUCUUCAGUUCCUCAAGAUCAGCAGUCACCCAAUAUAUUUCUUUCCCAAAGUUCUAUGAAUAAUCUUCAAACAAACACAGUAGGCCAAGAAGAACAGAUUUCAUUUUUUGCGGCACAGAACUCAAUUUCUCCACUUCAGUCAACAUCAAACCCUGAACAGCAAGCUGCUUUUCAACAGCAGCCUCCAAUCUCACACAUCCCAGCCCCUAUUCUUUCCCAGGAACAGGCACAAUCCACUCAGCAAGGUUUAUUUCAGCCUCAGGUGGCCCUUGGCUCCCUUCCAUCUAAUCCAAUGCCUCAAAGCCAGCAAGGAGCAAUUUUCCAAACACAGCACUCAAUAGUUGGCAUGCAGAGCAACUCUCCAUCCCAAGAACAGCAGCAACAGCAGCAGCAGCAACAGCAGCAGCAGCAACAGCAGCAGCAGCAGCAGCAACAGCAGCAACAGCAGCAGCAGCAGAACAUUUUAUUCAGUAGUCAGAAUGCCAUGGCUACAAUGGCAUCUCAGAAGCAGCCACCACCAAACAUGAUAUUUAGCCCAAGCCAAAACCCAAUGACUAGUCAGGAGCAGCAGAACCAGUCAAUUUUUCACCAACAAAGUAAUAUGGCCCCAAUGAACCAAGAGCAGCAGCCUAUGCAAUUUCAGAAUCAGCCUACAGUUUCCUCACUUCAGAAUCCAGGUCCUGCGCAGUCUGAGUCACCACAGACCUCCUUGUUCCAUAGUUCUCCUCAGAUCCAGUUGGUACAAGGGUCACCUAGUUCUCAAGAGCAGCAAGUAACACUCUUCCUCUCUCCAGCAUCCAUGUCUGCACUGCAAACCAGUAUAAACCAACAAGACAUGCAACAGUCUCCUCUUUAUUCUCCUCAGAACAACAUGCCUGGAAUUCAAGGAGCCACUUCUUCAGCCCAGUCCCAGGCUACUUUAUUUCACAACACUACAGGAGGCACAAUGAACCAACUACAAAAUUCUCCUGGCUCAUCUCAGCAGACUUCAGGAAUGUUCUUAUUUGGCAUUCAAAAUAAUUGUAGUCAGCUUUUAACAUCCGGACCAGGUACCUUACCGGAUCAGCUGAUGGCUAUAAAUCAGCCGGGCCAGGCACAAAAUGAGGGCCAGGCUUCUGUGACAACACUUCUUUCUCAGCAAAUGCCAGAGACUUCCCCACUGGCCUCGUCUGUGAGCAGCAGUCAGAGCAUGGAGAAGAUGGAUUUGCUUGUCUCAUUGCAAAGCCAAGGGAACAAUUUAACUGGCUCCUUUUAAUGUAAAUUCCAUGAAGAAAGAAAUGAUUCCAAGAUGUCCUGAGAACUUGUGGUUCCGUGAAGAUUAUUGAACUAUUAUGGAGAGCUACAUUUGAGUAAAUGGGUAGAUUUCCUGGCUGUAAGACUACACCCAUACUGCCUGUUGCAGUAAUUUGCCACCAAUGUGCUUUUUGUUUCUAGUAACAGUGAUAACUGAGAAUCUGUUGGAUUUUCCAGCUGUGACAGAAAUGUUUUUGUCCUGGGUUUUAAAGUGCAGAGCUGGGCCUCUCAGUUAUUAUUGCUAUUAGAAAAUCACAUUUGUCAUGUUUACUUACAUUUUUUUUCCCUGCAUUAUUUUAGUCAAGUAAUGGCUUAGGACAAAGUAAAGUUUAGUAAUGAGUAAGUCUGUGAUUUUGUUGAUGUAAAAAACACAUGGAUGUUGGCCAAAGUGAAGGAGUUUCUUUCAGUUUUCAUGGAGAAGCUGAAGGGGAUAACUUACAAAAAUGCUGUAUUAAGAACUCCUCAUCACACACAUUCAGAUAACAUGCUUUUAAAACUGGAUACAGCUGGAAUGUUACUGAAUUUAUUUUUCAGAGAGUUGUUAGUUCUCUGUAUUUUCUACUUAGGGAUUUAGCCAUAACUGCAUAAAAAUAUUUUGUUCUAUGAAUGAAGGGGAUAAUACAUGACAUUAUGAUCUCAUUCUCCUUCGGUAGUUUAAACUGACAGUAAUUUGAGUCUGUUUUGUUCUAAUCCAGCAUUAGGCUAGUGCUCCCAUUUUAUAUGCACCUAUAUUGUUUUCCUGUUUAGUUUUAGACAGCUAUUAAUAUACUACAGCUUUAUGACCCUGUAGUAAUUUAGAGAAGGCAGCCACAUUGAUCCAGUGACCUGGCAGUCUGCAGCACGGGGCCAGGAGUACUCUUUUAGGAUUAUUGGGAGUUGAUUCCUGAGAAAAAAACAAUUCUCUCUCUUUUUUUUCUUCCAUGAACGGUGCUGUUCUGAAGUCUUCAAAUUUUCCCCUCUAAUGAAAAACAGUAUAAAUUUUUACUUUACAAACAAGGCAAACAAAAAUUUCUCAAACUAUUUCUUCUCCCUGAGCUGCAGUGACUAUAAUUCACUUGUCACCUCAGUGCUUUACAGUCGAAGUGGUCACUUAAUUGAUGUAAAGCCUUGGGCUUUACAGGGUCAUAUCACUGAUUAAAAGGAAGAAUUAACUUGUGUUACAUCUACAGAGAGCAAAAUUACACACUCCAGAACUCACAUUUGUAGCAUUAGUUGUAGAGUUUUGAGUGUUCUUGCCACCCGUGGGGCGCCUGCUUCUCACUACCACCUACAUCUGGACACAUGCUUAUGUCUCAUUUAUCUUUGGCAUGUGGAAAGAGUCAAUGCAGCAUAAGGCCAACGUGUGUGGCUUCUGUGUGCUGAUAUGUUUUGGUGUCCUGUUUGUUUUUUUUACUUUCUAAGUGUUUAAAAAUUAGCCAGUUUGUAGUUUUCUUUUCCAUCGCCUUAGUUUUCUUUUCAUCUUAUCUCUCCUUUCCUACACAUUUGUUGAGGUGUGUGGAGCUGUGUUGUUGGUUUUGUUUAUAUAGCCAGAUUCCCUCUUUUGUGAUCUUCUUUUGUUCUUCGACUGUUGUUCUUGUCAUUUGUUUUUUCUCUUUGUCCUUGUGUUUCUGCCCUAGCCCUUCUUUCUCUCUCUGAGAGGCAUUGGAUUACGUUUUCAGUAGUACAGGCUUCUUGCCGAUAUGAAGGGAACUUUCUAGAAAGAGACCUACUCUGGUCAUUUAAUUUUGAAAACAGUUUUCAAUCGUUCAAGUUUUGGAUGGUUUAUAUCUAAUGUGUGUUUCAUUUUUUUGGAAAGCUAUAUUUUAUAUUUAGGAAAUGGUAUACUAUUUUGCUAUUUGUACUGAGUGAGUACAUUGGCAUAAAUAUAGAAAUUUAUAUAUAUAUAUAUAUAUACAUAUAUAAACUAUUCUUUUUUGCCACACAUUUUUGUGGUAAAUUUGUGAGUUUGUCUGAUGUUCUACCACAACGUGGCGUCUGAUAACAGUGAGGGGUUUGUUAUGUCUUUAUUGAGUAUUUAAGUACCUUUUGAAACAAAUGGCCUGUUUAUCUGUAGCCAUUCCAUCAGGCGGUUCCUUGAUGUUACUAGUGAGCGAAAGGCAACUACCAUGUGUUUGCUGUGUCUUCACUCAGCAAGGUGUUAAAGAGCAAGGAAACUUAUUGAGGCAGUGUGUCAAAUGGUGUUUGACGAGAAUGAGCCACUCUGUCUUUGUUCACUAUAUAUUUAAUAUUUUAUUAUUGUUGUUCUUAUUAAUUGGCUUUCUGUAUCCUAUGCCUUUUAUUUAUAAAGACACUAAAAAUACCAUGUUUGUAAUUUUAAUAACAUUUUCCAUCUUUUAAUAGCCAGAACUACUUUAUAGAUUCUCUAAACCAAAAGUAUUUUCCUCAGUAUCUCCCUUCUCCCCCAUGCCCUACAGGGAAAAAUCACCCAACAUGGUUCAGGUUCUGAGAAGGGUCAGCCACACAAUUCAGUGCUUCAGCUUGAAAAAACGCACAGGGGACUCUAGUGUGCUAUCUGGAACACCAGUGGAAGCAGACCUGUGAAUCUGCUUAGGAAAGACAGAAGUCAGAGUUUAAAACCACAUUGACUUCUGAGUUUUCUGGAUUACUUUCUGAGAUCAUGAGGAGACUCAGGAAAUCUGUUUCUUCCAAGGUGAAAUCGGAAUGUUUGUUGCGACUGCACCCUCAGUGAAGUGGCAGCAAGAGGUCUGGCUUGUGUGGUGACUUCUGUUUGUUCUGUACUAGAAGCUUAUCCUUAUACAGUGCUGAUUGGCAAUGCCGAGUCACUGGGACCAAUUUCUGUCUUAUACUGUCAGAGUGUAGAACAGAACAUCACCUGAACUGUAGUGGUUUGAGUGGAUGGAGGCAGAAACCCCAUUUUUAGUCUCUUCACUUCUGUGGUUAUUUAUACAAGGGCUGUGCUGUGCUACCAUAUUCCUGUUCAAUAAUGAUGGUUUAUUUGUUUUCUUACAUUGUUAAAUGUUCUUGCCCCUAAAGGUGUGUGUUAAGUACAAUGUUCUGAAUAUAUGAUUUGGUUACAAAAUGUAUGUGUCUUCUUAUUGAAGAGUUAGUUCAGUGGUUGAUACUUGUGCUAAGAAUUCAGCUUCUCAGUUCCUGUUACUUAUAGCUACCUGUGGGAAGACUCAGUGAGCCAGCAAAGACCUUGGGAAUCAGGAUAUAUUAAAUUUUUAUCUGGCAGAAGGACCUAAAUAAACUGUGAACUACAUUUUAUUCCUUUGUUACAUUCAGUUCUUGCUUUCAGCAACUCACAGAAAUGCUUGGAGCUUAUCUUCUCCCCCCCCCCCCCCAUGCUUUUGUGUCCUUGUUAUUCCACACCAGGGAAAAAGACAAUUAGAUACUUUUUUGUUUGUUGUUCAAGGCAGUGUUUCACUGUGUAGCCCUGGCUGUCCUGGAACUCACUCUGUAAACCAGGCUGACCUCGAACUAGAGAGAUCUGCCUGCCUCUGCCUCCCGAGUGCUGGGAUUAAAUGUGUGUGCACUACCACUGCUCCACUUAGAUAAUUAGUUUCUGAGAUUUUCUGUAGGCUUUUCUGAUUCUAACAUGUUAUUUGUUAUUUAGCCAAUAUAGGUCUGUCUAUCCCAUCUCCUUAGAACAAGUGUUUAAAGGAAAAAAAAAAAAAAACAGAAGGAAGAAAUUGUGCAUAUGUCCCUUCAGAAUGAAAAUAAUUUCUUUCGACUUUUUUGAAUGUUUGUUUUUCAUUUUUAAAUGAGGUUGCACUAUGCUGCCCAAGUACUGGGCCUGGAGGUAUGAAACACCUUACCUGAGACCCUUUGGCCUUUUUAAGCCAUUGUAAAUGUUUGGGGAAAAUGGAAUCUGUCAGCAAAUAAAACCACAAUAAAAUGACUGAGUUCUUCUUAAAUUCAGCAUAGUUGUGCAUAUUCUCAGGGGCUAGCUGAGACUUUUUCUCGUAAAAUUUUCUUUUAUCCCUGUGUCCCGAUUUUCAGCUGGUUGGAACUAGUUAAAAGUUAUGGGGAGACCUUGUUGUUUUACUCUGCAUCACAGUGUAGCUUCAUCUUUAAGGAGAUGUAUCUGCAUGCUUUUGGGUAUGUGGAGGGGCUCAAUGAAAAUCAGCAGAUGUGUUAGAGAAGUAGCUCAGACCUGGGGUGUGGCUCCGGGGUAGAGAGUCUGCCUACCAUGUGCAGGGACCUGAAUUUGAUGCCCAGCACCACCGAAAGGGAGAGAAGCGAACAUGGGUGUACACACUAGCAAGAGGACUCACCAUCACAUUUUGAGAGCUUUUCCCUUCUGCCUACAUUUGUCACUAGUGCUUAGCUGUGACGGUGGCAUUCAUUAUGCAGGAGACCGGCUCUGUAGUAUCGUUGGUCAAUUGUCCCAGCGCCCUAAUUACUUUUUAGCUCUCUGUUUUCAUGCCAUCCUAAGCCUUGUAUAUUAAUAAAAUUCUGUUUUUAUUGCUCUUGCUCUUUCAGACAAUUUUUACAUUAGUAUUUUAUAUAUAGAUUAAAUGUUUAUGGAAAAGUGCCUUUUUACCAUGCCAGUGCACCCUUCCUGUAAUCCCACCUUCCACUGUUGUCAAGAAUAUACGAAUAACUGAUUUCAACAGGUCCCAAUGCUGUUGUGGCUUACAUGAAUUCACUCCAAUUUUCUCAUCCCAGCAAAGUAGUAUCUGGGUCUUACCUGAACAAUAAUGAAAAUUUGUGUGUGUGUGUGUGUGUGUGUGUGUGUGUGUGUGUGAGAGAGAGAGAGAGAGAGAGAGAGAGAGAUUCCAUGCACACAAGUGUGUGCGUUAAAUAUUAUAAAGGCACUACUUAUAGCAUCUUCUCUGGUCCUAAUUAACGGCAUGAAGAGUGACUAAAACAUAGGUUUUGUAAGACCUGGGAAUAAUGUUGAUUUCUUUUUUUCUCUCUAAUUAAACAUGGAAAAGUAGUUUACUAUCAGGACUCUAGUUAAUUGACCUUGGAAAACUUAGUGUCAGGAAAAAUUAGGAAGAAAUCAUUGAGUCCUGGGAGAGCUAAUGUAAUUUCUUUAGUGCCACAUACAGUUGGACUGAGUGUCCUGGUUUUUGUCCAUUCUCUUUCUGAUCUAGCACCUUACGAAGUGGUGGUGCUUGAAGAAAGGGCCAUCAACCACAAAUUAAGGACAGCCAUAACUUAAGCUUUGGAAUGUGUUCCCCAUGGAAAUGUUCUUGUGAUUGCUGGUGGACUGAAGACUGCAGACGGCAAACUUUUAUGCAAUAUUCUUAAUACCCUAUCGUGCACUUUAACCAUUCCAAAGAAAGCCAAGAAUACAUCUUAACUCUUCAGAGUACUGCAUCCGUUCUUAUUUUAGAUAGCUGGCUUGAUGUGUUAGAUGACGGCUUUUUAAAGUAACCUGGAGCAAGUGUGGAAUGGCUGUUUUCUGAAGGACGUUUAAGGCUUUGACAGGUAGUGCAGGGAAAUGACUCCACUCUAACAAACCAUAGUAAACCUUUGACUAUAGUUGAGAGCUACUUAGAGCCAUUCCCCUUCCUGUGUAUGUCUUUUCUAUAAGAAAGCUGCAAUGUAUAGUUUAUGUCUGUGCGGUGUAUGUAAACCAGUAUGGCCCUCCAUCCAGCAGUGACAGGAAGCCAGCUAGAGGUGCAUCAUCUUGGGCAAUCGCCCAGUCUUGCUGAGUUAGAUCUGAAAUGGGGCCCAGCAGUCUGUCUGACCCAAGUUCUCAGUUGAGUCUGAUGCACCUGAGCUUCAGAGCCUAGCAAAAAUGAGAUUCUUUCUUCCUUAUGUAUAUUCCGCCUCACCUGGUAUUCUGUGAUCAUUUAUCAGCAAUGGUAAUUUAUUCUUAGUACUGCCUAAGAAAAUGCAUAUGUUUUAUGUAUGUAUAGUGUAGUUACUGAUAAUUCAUUUAACUUGGUUUGGCAUUUUUCUACCACUGACUAAAAAGUUUACAUUAACUGAUUUCAAUAUUUAGGUGUAAUGGUCUGUAUUUCUUUAGUUGUUGUGACAUUUACUUAGCUAAAAUAAUUGAUGGGUGCUACAGUCUCCUGUUUAUGCAUAAAAUGGGUACGUCGUGGGCAGGGUAAUAUAAGCUCUCUUUUCAUUGCCUCUUUAUCAGCAGACCAUGGUUCUGCUUUGGCUAGACUAGCUCUCAGAACAGAAUCACCAUUCCGUAUCAUUUGUCUUGUAUCUGAGACAGUAAAUCAGAUGACUGGCCAGGCCCACACAGCACCUCGUUUAAUCUUUUAUGAGUUGAUGAAGAUUCCUUUCAAGUAGCUUAUUUGACAUUUGAAUACUGCAGUAGAGUAAUGGUUCUCUUUGGUACUCAUGCUUCAGGUGAAGUACUUCACAGAAUACUAAGAUAGUGCAUUUUAUAACUUGGGUGUUUCUUCCAUCUCAGUUGUGUGCAUUCUACAAAUAAGCAGGCUUAUUCAUAUUUUCCUUUAUAAUUCAGCACUUCCAUCAUUAAUCUUCCUUCCACUGUUUACAAGUCACUGGUGAGUUAGCUCAUGCAAGAAGAUUCCCUUUUCAGAAUAAACUAGUGAAUACUUGCUUUCUGAGGAUCACUGCUCUGUCCCACACAGCAGUGUUAAGUGGCUUCCUCUACAAACUGGUGCUGGAAAGUAAGUAGGCAAACUGCUGAGAUGUUCUAGAGAUGCCCUCCCUUCCCCUCCUGAUUAUGUCACCUGUUGCUGGUCCCAGAGCAUUCUACACAAUCUAUUCAGCCCCCGUUUGUAAUACCUCCUUAAAAAUCCUGCAUUCAGCCAUGUCACCCUACCUGCUCUUUCAUACUGAUCUCCCCCAUCAGAGCCCAUCCCAGGAGGAAUACAUGUGAUUUGUAGGGGUGGCCUGCUAGCUGCCAUUUUAGCUAAUGAGCCUCAGGACAGCUUACACUCACACAUAAUCCCAGAUGCUUGAGAGUGGGUUUAGAAUCAAACUUCUGUGACCAAUAAAAGCCUGUCCUGGCUGGAGUUAGGUAGUUAUAACCUAAGGUGGAUGCAAUUCCUAGUGCAAAAAGAGAGACUAGAGAAAGAAAAAGGAGCUGUCCUGUACAGAAGUGAUCAUGAUUUUACUCAGUAGAGACCUUCUGCAGUGCAAUUGAACUAACUCCUAUCUAUCAACUCUACCUGCUCAUCUAGUUCUUUUCAAGGAUAAGCUCCAAGUGCUAGCUGCUUUCCUGGCGACUUGACUGAGUUUCACGCUCUUCUUUUUACUUCGUGUUUUAAUGAGUAACUUGGAAUAUUUCAUUAACUUGUUCUCAAGUGAUUUAGCUGUCAUUCUGCCAUUUUGAGUUUAAUUUUAUCUGCUUGAGCACACUGAUCAACCACUGACUUGCCUUCUUGCAUUGUCCUGCAAUGAUGUGUAAGAGUGACAUUUGUGUAAUGGUUUCAUAGUUGGAAUUUCAGAGCACUGACACCAGAUAUUCUCAGUUUGUUCUCUGGGGGAAUUUUAUUUGCAUCUAUGUUUUUAGCUGUCUGUGAUAACUUGUUAAAUAUUAAAAAGAUAUUUUGCUUCUAUUGGAACAUUUGUAUACUCGCAAUUAUAUUUCUGUAAACAGCUUCAGUCAAAAAUAAAACAUUGAAAGUUUUCA